AUCCCUUCCAAACCCUAAACACACGUAGAAGUUGCUUUAUACCCAGUGUCCUCCUAAAUUGUUUGCCUUCUUCAGCACCCAAGCCGUUUCUGUGCCUCCAUUGUACUAUCACGUGACAAUGGUGAGGGUCAGUGUCUUGAAUGAUGCUCUCAAGAGCAUGUACAAUGCUGAGAAGAGGGGGAAGCGCCAGGUCAUGAUUAGGCCAUCCUCCAAAGUGAUUAUAAAAUUCCUCUUGGUGAUGCAAAAGCAUGGGUACAUUGGAGAGUUUGAGUAUGUUGACGAUCACAGAGCUGGGAAAAUUGUCGUUGAAUUGAAUGGUAGAUUGAACAAAUGUGGGGUUAUUAGUCCCCGUUUUGAUGUGGGUGUCAAAGAGAUUGAGAGUUGGACUGCUAGGCUGCUCCCCUCAAGACAGUUUGGGUAUAUUGUGUUGACUACCUCUGCUGGCAUCAUGGACCAUGAAGAAGCUAGGAGGAAGAAUGUUGGAGGGAAAGUGCUUGGUUUCUUUUACUAGUCUAUAGUUUCCUUUGAAAGAUUUUGUGUUGAUUUCAGUUUUUUUUAAACUUACCGUUGUAAUGAUCAAUGUUAGACCCGUAGAUUGAGUAUAGCAUAGCAGGAGAUGUUUUUCUGAUGUGCUUUGUUUGUUUGCAGAACCAAAUUUAGCUAUAAUUUAUCUAAUUUUUGGCAGUUUUA